AUGACUGACUCCAUUUAUACUAGCAGCAGCUUCGAAAAUAAUCGUGGUGGUGUCCGCCUUUCUGACCAUUCACCUCCUGGCGCUUCAGCAAGUUAUCACUACCAUAGGACUUCAAGUUCGUCAGCAAAUACUAUCUGUGAGAAGUCACCUUCCGACGUUUUCGGACCUGAAAUUCCUCAAGGGGCCACGCAGCGUUAUCUUAAGGACUGUCAGCAGAACUAUCAGCUGCCACCACCUCCUAAAUUUCAAUCUGAUUACACCUUCACCAACCAAAGAAGUGCUCAUCGCGCUUGCACUUCUAUCCCAAGAAACCCGACAGGGUUUGCUGAGAGUACUCCACCUGUCAACUUCGAAGGAGCCGGCUCUGUGAUCCCUACUAAUCCUGCUAUUGGCGACCAUAUCUCGGCUGAAUGUCAUCUUGAGCCUGCCACCGUAACACCGCACAACGACUCCAGACCUGCCGCUAGAAACGGUAAGACUCCCCUUAAAACUCUAAACGAGCCCAGUUGUGACGUCUGGCGCUCUCCUCUCGAUUCGGAGACCAUUUCUGAGGAAAGGGACAAGACCACAACUGCUACUGGUCACACCAAGGUGAAGACUGUGGCAGAAAUGGCUGCUCAUUGUCAGUUGGAAGGUCCUCUGACUGGUCCUCUUCGGGACAAUCGCCGAUCUGAGAUUGCCCGGAAUCAUCCUGCCUGGCUACCUGCCCGACAGGUUCAAGCAGGAAUCAUGACCACACAGCAAGCCAUCCGCCGUACUCCUGGCAUUCCCAGCAGAAUCGCUAACGAUCUCUGUGACGGACUCCAAAAGUACGCACAGGAUGUCAAUAACAUGCUUCGGCAGGCAAUCAAUGAAGUCGCCGACUAUCGUCUCGACAUUGAAUAUAGUGAUAAGGUCCUCUGCUCCAGCAAGCUUGAGGCAAGCAUUAUGCUUGAAGAACGUAACCAGCUGAAGCGUGACUUUGCCGAAUUACAGACCAAACAUGAUGAGCUGGAGAAUCGCCUAGCCCGAUAUCACAUGGAAAUUGAGAACCAUAAGAACAGGCUGCGAGAGCACUUGGCCAAACUUGAUCAUCAGAAAGAGAGCGAGGAUGUUACCAAAGAGACUAUCAAUCAGCUCCUGGGGACUAUCAAGGAGUUUGUGAUCCAACCCAGCGCUCAAUGGCUGCAUGAUGACCACCACGAUAAUGGUUCUCCUCGCAAGGUUAUUACUGCUUUGAAUGCUGCCAGUAUUGCUGCCUUGGAACAGCAGGAGAACCUACCGCCUCGUUCAUCCCAGCAUGCACAGCAGCGACUGCUAUCUGCUCAAAACCGUAUCCAAUCAGAGCAUUGCGAGGUCGUGCCUUCCAUGAACAACGCCUUACAACCAUUCAAUCAUUCGCAGAAUUUGGGGCAAUUCCAGGCUCCUCUGCUGGCAUCUGUACCUGGUCAAAAUGGUCCACCCUCCUCUUACCCGGGUGUGUUCAACAACUCUCGUUGCCCUACCGACAACAGAACCAGUUCGUCUGCCGGCUGGACUCGGAACUCAAACUACAGUCGCUUCCAGGCCUCAAAGGCGCCUGGGCGCCCUUACUCGCGGUCUGGAAAUGCCUGCAACUCCUUCAUGAGCGGCUACAAACAGCACAAUGGCCAUGACACAGCUGGCAGUUACGUUAACCCGCACAACUUGCGGGCACGUCACAGCACAAGUAUUAAUAACCGUGAUUUCAACUCUCAGCACGCGUUCCGUCCUAAUGCUCCUGAGUUUCGUCCAGGUUACAGCGACUGUAUGGGCAAUGAUCUCAGCAAUACAGAUACCUUAUACAACUUGAGCUACCAGAAUGAACCCAAACCCGGCUCGCGCCCCGACUACAUUGAAGGUAGUACUGCUCCUUUCAACAGCCCAACUCCUCGCUCCGCGAGCCGUGGCGGAUUUGGCGGCUUUGAGGGUUCUUCGUCCGAUUAUGCCCGCCCUUCCCCCUUGAUCCCUCAAACUCCUGGUUUUAGAUCCAAUCAACGAUACCGCAACACUACUGCUGAUCAUUGCGAUGUGCAGCUUCAGCGAAAACACGCAGCUGGGUCUUUGGGUCAGAGUUAUCACACUGCCAAUUACAACCAGUCAGGCUGCACACCCGUCCUUUACGGCCAAGGAGGCAACGGCCCGAGAUCGGCGAGCAAAACUACGAAGUUGGGCCCGGGGAUAUUGACUCCCAAAGGCGGCUUCAGCCAAGAUAUCGACUGUGACAACGAGCGCUAUGCUCGCGCCUUCGAGGGCGUCUGGGGCCUUGCUCGGAGCUAG